CUUUCCUCCUUCUUCGGUCCCUCUGCUGCAGAACUCGAACCAGUGUUCCUCUCUGCUUCGCUUCAUGCAUUGGAAGCCAUGGCAAUAUUUUUCUCUACAAUUGUAGCUCCUUCUAAUUUUCGUGCGUGCAAGUUUUCCUUCUUUAACAGAGUACCUGAUCAACCAAUCAAGAGUUUGCGUCAUUUCACAGAUAAUUGUGUUCGGACUAGAAAAGUUCCUUGCUUUAUUGCUUUUGCGGUAAACGGAAGCUCCGCUGUUCAAACAGAAAAAAGAAACACGCCAAGGAAAAAGGGUAGGAACCCGUUUUUGAGUGAGGGGAGAGAUGAGGAUGAGAGUCGUGGACCAAUUUGCCCUGGUUGUGGGGUCUUCAUGCAAGAUGAGGACCCUAACCUUCCUGGGUACUAUCAACAAAGGAGGGUGAAAAUGGAAGAUGAACUAUUAGAUGAGGAUGAUGAUGUGUUUGAUGAUAUUAAUAGAGUAGAAGAAGAAGAAGAAAAUGAUGAUGAUGAUGAUGUGGGGUCUCUGGAUGGCAUUGAAAAUGAACUUGGAGGAGGUAUUGAGGUAUUACCGGAUGAUUUCGAUUGGGAUUCUGAUGAGUGGGAAGCUAAGUUGUUGGGCGAAGAGGAUGAUGAGGCUGAUUUAAAUGGCUUUGCGCCUGCGGGGGUUGGGUAUGGUAACAUCACUGAGGAGGUCCUGGAGAGGAAGAGGAAGAAGAAGGUAUCGAAAGCUGAGAAGAAGAAGUUGGCUAGGGAGGCCCGAAAGGUGAAGGAAGAGGUUACCGUGUGCGCUAGGUGUCAUUCCUUGAGGAAUUAUGGCCAGGUGAAAAACCAGACUGCUGAGAAUUUGAUACCCGAUUUUGAUUUCGAUAGGUUGAUUUCCACUAGGUUGAUGAACCCUUCUGGCAAUGGCAGUGCUACUGUUGUUGUUAUGGUUGUGGAUUGUGUUGAUUUUGAUAGUUCUUUUCCUUGGACGGUAGCAAAAUCGUUGUUUAAGGCAUUGGAAAGAAUCCAAGAUGACUCGAAGAAGGGUAAGAAACUGCCAAAGCUAGUUCUUGUGGCUACAAAGGUUGAUCUCCUUCCAUCAGAGGUUUCCCCUGCAAGGUUAGAUAGAUGGGUUAGACACCGAGCAAGUGCUGCGGGAGCACCUAAACUAAGUGCAGUUUAUCUUGUAAGUUCUCGAAAGGAUUUAGGUGUAAGGAAUCUGUUGUCCUUCAUAAAGGACUUGGCAGGUCCUCGUGGGAAUGUGUGGGUGAUUGGGUCUCAGAAUGCGGGGAAGUCUACUCUAAUCAAUGCAUUUUCAAAGAAACACGGAGCUAAAGCUACAAAGCUCACAGAAGCUCCGAUUCCUGGGACAACACUAGGGAUCUUGAGAAUUGGAGGAAUUUUGUCAGCUAAGACUAAGAUGUUUGACACUCCAGGGCUCCUGCAUCCCUAUUUAAUGUCGAUGAGACUGAACAGAGAAGAGCAAAAGAUGGUUGAGAUACGGAAGGAACUUCGACCUCGAUCAUAUAGAAUCAAGGUAGGGCAGGCAGUGCACAUUGGUGGCUUGACAAGAAUUGACCUUAUUGAAGCCUCUGUUGAAACAAUAUAUGUGACCGUUUGGGCAUCACCAAAUGUUUCUCUUCACAUGGGAAAAGUAGAAAAUGCUGAAGAGGUUUGGAGUAAUCAUGUUGGUGUCAGGUUGCAGCCUCCCAUUGGCAGUGAACACGCUGCUGAAUUAGGCACGUGGCAAGAAAGGGAAAUUAAGGUGUCUGGAACUAGUUGGGAGGUCAACAACGUUGACGUAGCCAUAGCUGGCUUAGGUUGGUACUCUCUCUGUCUCAAAGGUGAAGCAACCAUGAAACUGUGGACCUUUGAUGGUGUUGAAGUAACCUUGAGAGAGCCAUUGGUCCUUGACCGGGCCCGGUCCCUUGAGAAACCUGGUUUUUGGUUACCAAGAGCCAUCUCUGAUGCUAUUGGCAACCAAACCAGACUUCAAGCUAAAAAAAGAGAAAAACUUGACGACCAAGAUACAGAUUUUGUGGGGGCAGGUGCAGAGCUAUCAGCUUGAGCAGAACAUUUUAAUUGUUUUGCAAGAGUGCUUUCAGGUGAAAAUAGAAGUGUGACUGAAUUUGACGUGUUGCAGAGGCAAUAGUGUGUUUUCAGCUAGAAGCUUUUUGUGCCUGUCCUCUUAGCUAGUUGGUGUGAGAACCCCCCUCCCCCUCUGCCACUUCUAACUUAUAAACAGAAAAUAGAGAUAAAUGCAACGCUUCUUGUUUAAGUGUCACAUUCGUGGAUUAUGUAGUUUUGUUAGAUGAGUCGUUGUACAUGUCUAGUGAUGAUAUCUGCAUUUUUGUGAGGUAUUACUUCAAAUUGUGCAAUAGAGAACAGAGAAUGAGCUUAGUGAUUAUAUUUAUUCUUGGGCUCUUGGCCUAUUGAUGUAAACUGAAUUGAAAAAAUAUUAUGAUAAGUUAUUCUUAUAUACAAAUUUGGUUGAGUUGAGCAUUCAACAACUUGCAUCACAUCACUAUCACCUAUUAAUAUAUUUUUGAAUCAAUAUAUAUUUUCGCUGUAUAGUUGUGAGUCACUGAGUCUAGAGUUCUAAGAAUAUCUCAAAGAAUCAAAGUGACAGAUUAAUAGAGCGAGUAAGAGUACAUAAAUCUUGAGAAGACAAACCCUGACAGAAGAAAAAAAUCUUUUUGUCAUUUUUGUAAUUUUAACACUUGUAACAUCUCUUACAACAUAUUUUCACUUUUUUUUUGUUACCUUUCUUCCUUCCCUGUUUACAAGAGAGAGGAGAAAAAGUCGGAACCUUGGCUAUACAAGAGUUACUGGAAAGUUAAAAGCUAGAGAUAAACAUUAUGGGGUACACUAGCUAAAUGACCGCAAGCUAAUUAAGGCCAUGGCAUUCAGCCUGUUUGCUUAGUUACGUUUACAAGCUUCAUAGCUCUUGCAAUUUAUGCUUUACUCUUCUGUUCCACAAAUGUCUUGUGUCCAGUUUCUUCUGCAAUCAUCAACAACUCUGUUAAGUAAAUGAAAAUUCAUACAUGAAAUGAAGACAACAAUUUAAAUAUACCCACAUAAUAAAAUUAGAUCCCAACAAAUUUUGAUAAGAGACCUCAAUCCUAAUACCAAUCUGUUUGGUACUUCUUUAUAUCAAUAUAUAUAUCUAAAUAUAAAAAUUGUAACCAAACAUAUUGAUCCAAAUAAUACAGGGCUCUUUUUCAGCUAUUUUAAAUUGUUUGAUUGAGAUAAUCCUAAUGUAUUCUUUACCUUCAGAUAAUCGAAUGAACUCUUCAAGCUGAGCUUCCAUCACGGAAAGAUCUUCACCGGCAUCAAGAUCAAAUAUAUCAGGCAGCAAAUCAACAACAUCAUUGCCAUCUUGAUCAAAUCCAUCAUCCUCAGCAGCAUAGAAGCCCCCUUCAACCUGUUGCUGGCUUAGCCAGUACUCAUGGUACCACGUCAGUGUUGUCACCAGCUGCCACCACUCCGGCGAGAAA